CAUUUUUAAAUCAACAGAUAAUGAAAUAUUAUGUUUGAAAGAUGCAGAGAACAGCUUCGACAUGUCUGAAGUGAGCACCCAGCUGCCCACAGACCCCAUCUCUGCAGUCGGAGUAGUCACUUCACUCAACAAAGCCCCUGACGGCUACUAUGUUGUUGCACAAACAACAGAUGGCUCUGACGCCGACCUGUGGAAGGACGGCUUAUUCAAAUCCAAGGUCACUCGCUACCUCUGUUUCACCAGAAAAACUGGGCUCGACGUCGUCGUGGACAUGAAGGUGAUGGACGUUAAGGAAGCGUUGCCGGAGGGCUUCACACCUGUGGAACAAACAAUGGACACAAAGGAAACUGCCAUGAGGAAGAGGAGGCUCUGUGUGAAAACCAGCCCUCGCGCGGCUGCCGUGACGGCUGUGCAUGACAUCCAGAUCACUACCAAGUCCAAGUACCAGCUUGUUAACUACACCUGCAUAGGGGAGAUAAACAACAUGUUUAUGUGGUAUCGGAUGGGAGAUGUUCGCCAGCCGUCCCGGGAAUCGUCCAGUGAAGCUAAAAGCGACGCUGCACCCAACACAGCAAGGCGGAGGACCAUGAGCAGGCCGGACUGUGAAAACCAGAGCAGUGGGAACUACACCAUAACAGCUCUGGAUGACGUGCCCUUCGUGGUCUCUGAGAAGUUUUUCGAGAAACCCAAAGAGAUGCAGCAAGUCAAUUUAAUGGGCAUUACGAUCAAAUCCCUGGCAGAGAUCGAGGAGGAAUUUAACUACAACUUCAGCACAGAGCGAAGCAUUGUUGUGUGACUUCCUGUCCAGCUUUCACAACCUGACGCACAGAAACACGACGAGGACUGAAACUCUGCAGGUCGACUGAAGGGAUCAGUUGUAAAAUAAAGAACUAAUGAAGUGAAGAAACAGUUCUAGGACACAGCUGAGCUGUAUUUUUAUGUAAUUUAAGACAGAAAAAUUAUUUUACCGUGAUGGAAUUUUAUAAAUAAUUCAGUGCUUUAAAUAUUUUCUGCUAAUGUAAAAAAUGUGCACAUUAAAUUUGAGAAAAAGUUCAACUUAUUUAUCUUGAAA